UGCCUCACCCCACAGCCCGCCCUCCCCACGGCUCGCAGCCUCCUCGCCGCCGGCGGCCCGCAAUGUGGCCCACCGUGCGGGUGUAGCAGCUGCGCGUGCGCGGAACCGCGGGGCCAUGAGCGAAGCCGGCGGCGGUCGGGGCUGUGGGUGCCGGGUCCCCCAGCGAGCGCCAUGGAACCUGGUGGCAGCGACGGCCGCUCUCUGCCUGGUGUUGGCCACGUCCGUAGGCACGGCGAGGGCCGCGCCCAUGAGUAGGGAAGAGAAGCAGAAGCUUGGGUAUUAAACAAAACUAAGGAAUUUGAAGAUGCAGUGAGAAAAGUUUUAAGAGAUGUCAAUUUAGAUAAUGAUGUAGUUGUGUCAGUCUUUGAAACAAACAUCAGAGUUCUAGGGGGUCUUUUAGGUGGACACUCACUGGCGAUCAUGCUGAAAGAAAAAGGCGAAUUCAUGCAGUGGUAUAAUGAUGAACUUCUCCAAAUGGCAAAGCAGCUGGGCUACAAACUCUUACCCGCUUUCAACACUACCAGUGGCCUCCCUUAUCCCCGAAUUAAUUUAAAAUUUGGCAUCAGAAAGCCAGAAGCCCGGACGGGAAGUGAGACAGACACCUGUACAGCCUGUGCGGGGACCUUGAUCCUUGAGUUUGCUGCAUUGAGUCGGUUCACAGGAGCGACAAUAUUUGAGGAAUAUGCAAGAAAAGCUCUUGAUUUUCUCUGGGAAAAAAGACAACGAAGUAGCAAUUUAGUAGGCGUGACUAUCAAUAUUCACACUGGAGACUGGGUGCGCAAAGAUAGUGGAGUUGGAGCAGGCAUUGAUUCAUAUUAUGAGUAUCUGUUAAAAGCCUAUGUCUUGCUUGGAGAUGACAGUUUUCUGGAAAGAUUUAAUACCCAUUACGAUGCCAUAAUGAGGUAUAUUAGCCAGCCGCCUCUCCUACUUGAUGUGCAUAUCCAUAAACCAAUGCUGAAUGCUCGGACCUGGAUGGAUUCAUUGCUUGCCUUUUUUCCAGGUUUACAGGUUUUAAAGGGUGACAUUAGACCUGCUAUUGAAACUCAUGAAAUGUUAUACCAGGUGAUUAAAAAACACAAUUUCCUACCAGAGGCAUUUACUACAGAUUUCAGGGUCCAUUGGGCUCAGCAUCCUCUAAGGCCAGAGUUUGCAGAAAGUACCUACUUCUUAUAUAAAAAUGGAUUCGUUCUUCUUGGCUGAGAUGUUUAAAUAUCUAUACCUGUUAUUUGCUGAUAAAGAAGACAUUAUUUUUGACAUAGAAGAUUACAUCUUUACCACAGAAGCCCAUCUGCUACCCCUUUGGCUCUCUACCACAAAUCGCAGCAUCUCUAAGAAGAACACAACCUCAGAAUACACAGAACUGGAUGAUAGUAAUUUUGACUGGACUUGUCCAAACACUCAGAUUCUUUUUCCUAAUGAUCCAUUGUAUGCUCAAAGCAUCCGUGAACCCUUGAAAAAUGUGGUGGAUAAGAGCUGUCCAAGAGGCAUCAUCAGAGUAGAGGAGAGUUUCAGAAGUGGAGCUAAACCUCCUCUGAGAGCCAGAGAUUUUAUGGCCACUAACCCUGAACAUUUAGAAAUCCUGAAGAAGAUGGGGGUGAGUUUGAUUCACCUCAAAGAUGGGCGAGUCCAGCUGGUCCAACAUGCAAUCCAAGCUGCUAGUUCAAUUGAUGCUGAAGACGGGCUUCGGUUCAUGCAGGAGAUGAUUGAACUGUCAAGUCAGCAACAAAAAGAGCAGCAGCUACCUCCACGAGCCGUACAAAUUAUUUCCCACCCGUUUUUUGGCAGGGUAGUCUUAACUGCUGGACCAGCUCAGUUUGGGCUGGAUCUAUCUAAACAUAAAGAGACGAGAGGAUUUGUUGCAAGCAGUAAACCAUAUAAUGGUUGUUCAGAACUCACUAACCCCGAGGCUGUGAUGGGGAAAAUUGCCUUGAUACAAAGAGGACAGUGCAUGUUUGCAGAAAAGGCCCGAAACAUCCAGAAUGCUGGAGCCAUCGGUGGCAUCGUCAUUGAUGACAACGAGGGGAGCAGCAGUGACACUGCCCCUCUGUUCCAGAUGGCAGGUGACGGGAAAGACACAGACGACAUAAAGAUCCCCAUGCUGUUCCUGUUCAGCAAAGAAGGAAGCAUCAUCCUGGAUGCCAUCCGGGAGCACGAGGAAGUGGAGGUGCUCCUUUCUGACAAAGCAAGAGACCGAGAUACUGAAAUGGAAAAUGAAGACCAGCCGCCUUCUGAAAAUGAUUCUCAGAAUCAAAGUGCAGAACAGCUGCUGUCACUCUCUCAGACAUUUGACUUGAUUGAUCAGGAGACCCCUGAAAACCCUCUAGAAUCCCACUCAGAGUCAUCAUCUCCAGCAGACAUAGAAGAAGCUGCUGGCUUUGCCCCCUCUGAACAGAUACCUAGUUCCACAGAAAGCCUUGAGACUCCAAGCCUUGAUGGUGAAUGUACAGAUUUAGAUAACCAACUUGAAGAACAAUCAGAAACUAAGGAAGAUUCGAAUCCUAAUGUUAGCUGGGGUAAAAAGGCCCAGCCUAUCGACUCCAUAUUAGCAGACUGGAAUGAAGACAUAGAAGCAUUUGAAAUGAUGGAGAAGGAUGAACUCUGACUCCCUGUAGACUCUGGUGGUAGAUAUUUCAAAAGAAGACGAAAACUGUGGUUGUCGACAGCCUAUACCAAGCAGGCACUCCUGGGAGGCUCUGAGCUGUGCUCAAGCCUGUUCUGACUGGGUAAGUAGUUCCUGUAGCAAUCUGGAGCACGUGUUAGACCUGACCUCACCGAAACUGUCCCAUCCAAAGUGGAAACUCAACCCCUCAAAUGAUGCUAUAGCAUACCCUGAAGCGCCCAGGCCAGUGUGACCUGCCAUUCCUGGGUAGAUGAGAAACAAAUUCAGCCGAUAGGGAACGGGAACAAGAGUCAGUGCAGCUUCCUAAUUGAAGAGAGCUUCACUGCCGUGGGCUUGGGUCGGAAGCCUUCUGAGACGAUCUGAAUGAGUGUGUGGUAUUCUGGCCUUGCUGCCUUCACAGGGACACUUUAAGUGACCUACAGCUUACGAAGCAUUUGCAAAUGCUUUUCAUCUGCUUCAUUCAGUGACAAAUGGUCAAGAUGAUUUGAUUUCUAUUUCUCUCCCAACAAUGUUCUUGCAUUUAAACCAAAGGUAAAGCCAAUGUACUUUUUCCGGUGAGUUUUCCUAUAAAGACCUAUUGUGCGGGCAGGAAGAGGGUCAUAUAGAUAUAGUGGAAACUGGUUGCUUGAUACUCGGGGUAAAUAGAGAGAAAGAGAAACUAUAAUGUUGCAUUAUCAACUUCCCAUUGGGCCAUAGGGGAAGCUAUGACUACUCUAAGUGGAGAUUAGCAUUAGAUCCGUGUGGGGUAGAUUAUGUCUUUUCUAUUUCAUUUCUCUUAAGGUGGUUACUCUAGCCAUCAGCCUUACUCCAUCUCAUGUUCAGUAUCCAGUCAGAGCCAGAAGGCUCAUCCCAAGCCCUGUUCCAUUUCCCUAUCUUAUGGAGCCAUGAUGAACCAUGGUGUUGGUCUGUAAUCCGGGGUGACUGCCAUCUUUCCUCUUUGAAGCUGGUUUCUAAUAUCACACCCAAGGAGUCUGUCACAUUUUCUGUUGAAUCAUGGAUUUAAGUUUGUUUAAUUUUGUUUUAACAAGUACUCCUUCUGAUGUGGACUUGAAAAUUAGCCUCUGGUGACCUGUGUAAAAAAAACUAUAUAGCCAUAUAAGUAAAAGAUUUUCUUUCUUUCUUUCUUUCUUUCUUUCUUUCUUUCUUUUUCUUCUUUUUUUUGUGGCAGUCUGGGCUGGCCACAUUUAAUUAUUUUGGGUUUUGCUUAUUGAUAGUUCUACAUUAAAAUCAUGGUUUUAUUCAUUUUAUUUAUUUUUAAACUUAUUUUAAUUACUUCCAAAGGAAUAUUUGAGAGACUUAAUUCCUUUUUACCAUGGCAUUACACAAUAACCUUUUUCUAAAACAUGGUUUUGAGGUACAGAAUAACUUAGACUAUAUAUGGAGCUGUUAAAGACAGCAGUGCUGUAUUGUAGUUGUGUAUAUUCAUGUACAGUAUGUUUUAGGUCCCAGGUAAACAUGCCCUUGUAUAAGGAGAUAAAUACCUGCUUUCAAAAAAUCCCAGCUAAACAUAAUUGGGUCAGUAAGUAAUAAAUCUUAGAAUUCACUAGGGGAUGGGGUAGUAUAACAAGUUCUUUAUUGGCUCGUAGUUAAACCUGACACCAAAAUGGGUAUUUUUAGUCUCUCUGCAUGUGAAGUUUGGUGCAAGAUAGAACCAUAAUACAUAGUGUAUACAGAGGGUAGAUGUGCUUUGUUCAUCUUAAUUGCAAAGCUGCCAAAAUAGCUGAAGCUUAACUACUUGACUUGAUUUCUAGGACUGGGGCUUGGAGAAAAGGAACAGAUGCUCCUCUGAGACUUUGAUUACAGAAGCCUUAUAUGUAUUGAUUUUGUAUUGUAACUCAAUGCCAUUGUUGUCUAAAUCUAACUCUUUUAAGUUAGCAAGUUAGCAGCGUAUUUUUUUUCCCCACAAAACUUAAUGGCAUGAAGGAUCACAUGACACACUAGGAAAGGCCAGUUUACUGCCACUUGCUGUUCCUUUGGCCACUAGGAGGCGCUGUUACCCUUCAUUAAGGUUUAGAUGAGCCUAUUGAAAACCAAAUCCUUUAAAGAAACAAUUUUAAGAUGUUUUACUUAAUAUCUAGAAGGAAUAAUACUCAGUUUUUCCCUACUUAAGAAAGAAGGUAUAAUGCUGUUCAGCUUCAGAACACAGCUUCUAACCAAUUCUACAUUCAUUUUCUUAUUUGACAUACUGCCACAAAGUAGUCUUUGAGUUCAUUAGAAAAUUUUAACAGCAUAGAUUUUUUUAAUGUUUUUUUUUGUUGUUGUUGUUGUUUGUUAAAACUUUUCACAGAUAUUUUAUUUACUUGCUGACGAUUCAGGGAAUUCUGAGACCCUGAGUUUAGAAACAUCUGGUCUACCUCAGUUAAAUGUUGACUGCUUAGAAGUAGAGCUGAAAUGAUCACCACAGCCAUAAAAUUGUUUGACUAAGAAAGAUUUAUAUAAUGUUUACAAACCUGGAAUCAAGUGUGGAUCUUACCUGAAAGUUAAAAGUUAGUUACCUGUUAGAGCAAGUAUUUAAUUCAGGUAUUUUCAAGUUUUAAAACUUGUUUACCUAGUAAAAUUAGGUAUAGUUUUUUUUCUCACAUUAAAAAGUCCAUUGAAAAUGUAUUCCCUAAUUUGCAAUGUUUUCCCCAUAAAAUUUAAGUGUGAAAGAACUGUAGUUUACUAGAUAUGUUUGGGGUGGGAUGUUGUGUUAGGUUUUCUUUUUCUCUUUAACCCAUGUAAUAAGCUUCCAAAAGAGUAUAAUUGUUUCAGAACAAAUUAUUUUGUAAUUUUACUUUUCCAUUUUCUUUACAGUGUUAGAUACUUUAAAAUGAAAAAUUAUGCACUCUCUGACUUUAAUUUAACUAAUAUAAUUUUCUUGGGAAUUCAUAAGUUUCAAAUUACCAUCCUCUAAACCUUUCUUAUAGCACAGCCAGCAUUUGUUCUCUCACCAAACCCCAUGCCAGACUCAUCAUAAAGAAAGCUCAGCCUAUGUAGUUCAAAUAGUGCUCAUAAUUUUAGAGGGGUGGGUAGCAUUUAGUAAAUAUUCCAACUGGUUGUUUUAUGCACAAGGCUACAGUCAGAACAUAGGAAAAAAAACAUUCUGUGAAUGAAACAUUGUAUGUUCAGAUUUUGUAAAAGACAUUUUUAAAAGCCCAAUUUACAGCCGUAUAUUUUCUUAUGAUGUAAUUUAUGAAAAAGCUGUCUGUACUAACAGGUGCUGUAACACUACUGUUGUUGGGUUUUAUUGUUUGGUGAUAAAUGUAUACAAUAUUUCUAAUGGAAACUAUGUACUGUGAUGUAAAAGUCUGGGCAAAAAUGUAUAUAAUCCUUGUAUAUAAUUGUGUAUUUGAUUAUAUUACUGAUUGUAAAUUUAAUAAAACAUGUAAAUAUUCUGGUCUAGUUUUAAAUUUUGAAUUUUUAAAAUCAUUGUGCAAAUAUCUAGAAUUUGGUAUCUCUGUUUUCUUUUUGUUUUUCUUUACUGCAGAGCAGUGAAUUGGGGGCAUUUUGGAGUAUAGAAACCCAGACAAACAUCAGUUCUAAAACUCUUAGUGCCUAGUUCAAACUAAGUUAAAAAUAAAUACUAAUAAUUUUCAUCA